GUGUGUGUGUGUGUGUGUAUGUAUUGGCUCACAGCUGAUAAUGAUUCCGGCCCGGUUUCUUUCUUCCUUGACGGGAGUCUCCCGGUCGUCCUGUCCCUCGCGCCUCCUGGCCCGAUCGGCCCCGGUGGUCGCCUCGCGGACCUUCGCGGGCCUGGCCGGCCUAGCCGGCCCGGCAUCACCCCCCAGCGCCCGGCGCCCCAUCCGGUCUAGCCCAUCGACUACCCCACAGCUUGGGCUCUUCCCCGGCGCUGGGCCCGUGACUUCAAGUGCCGCGUUCCUCUCGACGCCACCGCGGUCGCUUUUCUCCACCUCGGCGGUGGCCGGGCUCGCCGGUCACACCGGCGACUCUUCGAGCCCCCAGGCGCUGGAUGAGAAGGACAACCACGCCGUCAUCUCGGUUUUCGACAUGUUCUCCAUCGGCAUCGGCCCCUCAAGCUCGCACACCGUCGGACCGAUGCGCGCGGCUCGCAUGUUCAUCACCUCCAUCGAGGAGCUUGGUAUCUUGCACGAUGUGCGCUACAUGCGUGUGGAGCUUUAUGGCUCGCUUGCGCUCACUGGCGAUGGGCAUGGGACGCCGGACGCUGUUUUGAUGGGCCUUGAAGGUGAGGACCCGCGCACGGUCGACACCACCAUGCUCCCGGCCCGGGUGGCCUCCAUCCGCUCUGAGAAGCGCCUGAACCUGCUGGGCGGCCUGCAGCUGAUCGACUUCGACCCGAGCAAGCAUCUGAUUUACUACCGUGACAAGCGCCUUCCCCAGCACCCGAAUGGCAUGCGCUUCUCCGUGUUCAAUGCCGACGGUGAUCUGCUGGCCACCAAUGAGUACUUCAGUGUUGGCGGCGGGUUCAUUGUCAACAAGGACACCGAGCUGGCCGGCGAGAAUGCCUUCUACCGCGCGACAACCGCCCUCCCGCUGAACCCCUCGGCGUCAUACACCUCCGCCGAUGAGGUUGCCAGCCAUGGCCCGGCCUCGACGGCGAUUCCCCUGAACGCGUGUGAUUCGCACACAGCCCACCACCACCCGACGCCUGUGUGCGACAUGGGCAAGAAGAAUGCCGUGGUGGCCACACUUCCCUUCCGCACCGGCGACGAACUGCUGGAGCUCUGUCGGCAGCAGAACAUGACCAUCGCCGCGGUGGUCAUGGAGAACGAGCGCCGCUGGCGGCCCGAGGCCGAGAUUCGGGCCAAUCUUCUGGAGAUCUGGCGUGCCAUGGACGACAGCAUCACCAAUGGGUGUUGGAGUUCGGAGCGUAAGUUGCCCGGCUCGGCCGGGGUGUCGCGCCGUGCGCCGGCCCUCUUCCGGCGGCUGAUGGCAAAGUCCAUGCCUGUGGCUCCCUUCGACCCCACCUCGCCUCACGGCCGGUCCUCUGCCACUCCCUCCAGCGCCGAGGGGGGCCAUGCGCGUGCCCGGCGCGAUCUCCCGACAAUGGCCUUCCUUGACUGGCUGUCGUGCUUUGCGAUUGCCGUCAACGAGGAGAAUGCCGCCGGCGGGCGGGUUGUCACGGCGCCCACCAACGGCGCGGCCGGCAUCAUCCCCGCUGUGCUCAAGUACUUUGUGUCCUUCGUGGCUGGCCACGCCGGGCCAGACGCCGCCGAGGAGGACAUUGUGGAGUUCCUGCUGACCGCGGGCGCGAUUGGCAUGCUGUACAAGCGCGGCGCCAGCAUCAGUGCGGCCGAGGUUGGCUGCCAGGGGGAGGUCGGUGUCGCAUGCUCGAUGGCCGCCGCUGGCCUGGCCGCCGUCAUGGGCGGUACCAUCGAUCAGGUGGAGAACGCCGCGGAAAUCGGCAUGGAACACAACCUUGGUCUUACGUGUGACCCGGUGGCCGGGUUGGUGCAGAUCCCCUGCAUCGAGCGCAAUGCCCUCGGUGCGGCGAAGGCUGUCACCGCCGCCCAGCUGGCCCUGAGCGGCGAUGGCCAGCAUCGCGUCACUCUGGAUCAAGUCAUCGAGACCAUGCGCCAGACGGGUCUCGAUAUGCAGAGCAAGUACAAGGAGACCUCUCUCGGUGGCUUGGCCGUCAACGUGCCAGUUUGCUGAGUGGCAGCGACCUGUGGCCCAUGCCUUCCCAAGUGAGUGUGAGGACACACAGGGCGAGCGAGGCAGAGCGGGGAGGGGGGGGGGGGGAAACCGGCAUGCCUUCCAACUCCAGCCUACUGUUUUCUCUCUCCCUCCCUCGACCCCUCACCCCAUGUCGUGGUUGACACCAGCUCAUGGGCUCCCGUCCCCCUGCCUUCAUUGCUCUCCCGCCCCCCGCCUCCCCGCCUCCCCUCAUUUGUCUGGCGCGCGCGCGCCCAUGUAUCGACCCCGAUCACCCCUUCCUCAGUGACCGUGUAUCCUCCGGAUGCGCGGUGUCCUUGCCUCUUCGGCCUGUGCCCAGGGCAUGGGCGUUCCCUCUCGCGCCCCCUUCUUUCUCCCCUUCCCGGCACAUGCCUAUUGAUAACCUGGCCUGUAGGUAGCUUCUCCUCCAUAAAUUGAUCAUAUCCAUGUAACCACGCGCGCUCGGUCGCGUGGGGCACCCUUGCAAAAGAAAAAACCGAAAUACCGCACAGUCAUACGGAGUUGUUCUUCUCCUUCUGUCUUUGCUUUGCCUUUCUCUCGCUCCAUCCUCCCUUGCCGUUGAUCAUGGUUCCAGGAUGGGGGGGGGGAGGAGGGCAUAAAGGGAAAAGAGGGGGACUAGGGGCGAU